AUGUAAAUAAUCAAAAAAAUGUAAUAUUCAUUAAUUUAUGAAUCUUAGUGAUGAUAUAAAAGAUAAAAGAAUCCAAAAAGUUUCGACAAAAUAUAAUAAAUAAAACAUUUCAAUUUUUUAGGUCAAUACGGACAGAAUAACUAAAAGAUAGACUUAUGGAAAGCCUUUUGGAAAGGAGGAGCUUAAAAAAAUGUUUGUGGAUAAUUUAGUUGAUAUUAAAUUAUACUUUUUAUCGAGACUAUAUUCAAAUAAUUGUAAAAAGAUUGGUUAAUGGAAUGAAAUAAUAAAGAAUUAUUAGAGGUAAUUCGAAAUUAUAAAUAAUAGCAAUGCCUAAGUUUACUAGAUGAUAGAAUACUUUAAUGGCUAGAGAAAAGGACUUCGGCAAUAUAUUUAAUGAGAAAAAGAAAUGUAAUCUAUAAAAUUAAGAAUUAAAAAGUGGUGGAGGAGAAUAUAAUUAAUAAAAUUAGAAAAAUGGCAAAUGAAUUAAGUUAAGUGAUGAAUUUUGGGAUCGAUCUUAAAUAACUUAUAAUGGUGAAUAUUAAAAUGGAAAAAAGUUGGUUUUUGGUAUAUUUGCUUGAUUGA